AGAACGCUAGAUUGCGACGGUCCUGCACAUUUUAACACAAAUGACGUCAUAUGUGGGUUAGGGUAAGCAUAGAAAUAUAUAAAUUAUAUAUUUCUAUGAGGGUAAGGACCUGCAGAUUUCGUCAAAGUCUCGAGAUGGAAGCAGGGCUAGCGUUAACCCUAACCCUGGGAAAAGCCUUACCCUGACGUCAUAUGUGCGGGACCGUCUCCGAUCAAGCGGUCUCCUAUUUUGACAAACACGUGUUCCUCUGUAGCAGACGGUUUGUGAUAUUAUUAUCAUAUUUGUUUUAAAAAGAUGAUUUUGACUCCAACAAUCUAUUCAAAAUCGACUAGGCCUAUUUUUGUUGCAAAUGAGUAGACUAAACAACGACCUAUUAAAACUAGCGAAACACGUUUCAGAUAAGCUAGAUAACCCCUCAGAUACAGAAUCGAUAGGCCUACUAGAUUUUGAUUUUCGGUCAGAUGGAAAGUCUGAACGACAGCUGCCCACGUCGACAGCACCGGUUGACAAUUUCAUAAAACCAAAACUCCUGCCACCAAAAUCAAAGAAAACAAUUGUAUGUUUAAAUCAUAAAAUGUCAAGUAGUGAAAAACAAAGUUCAGAUGAAUCUGACCAAGACGAACGGAUUCCAGAAGAUAAAAAUAAAGUAAAUGAAGUUGAGAAAAUACCGAGGGGAACAUCCACAAAUUAUAUUGUUGGCUCUGGUAAUGGUAUGGAAGAAGUUAUAAUAGAAAACAGUAGCAUUUUGCCGAUUGAUGACUUGUCUGAUGAGGAUGAACUAUGGCUUAUAAUUGCACCCCAAGAAUAUAAUGUGAAAAAACAGCACGUGGACAUGACCUGUCGACAACAACUAAAAGGGGGAAAGUUUGAAAUUCAGUUUUUCAGUCAGACUGGCAAUGAAAAUAAAAUGAUGACUCUGCUAUCAGACAAAAAUCAGUUUAUCAAUGGCCCAUCAUUUAAAGGGUGCUGUCAAAUAUCAGAGAGAUUACAGACAUUUUCACCUGUCUAUCAUGAUAGUGUUGCUAAAGAAAAUCCAAUUCCUGAAGGUCUUAAGAAAAGAUACAUACCAUUUGGAGCAAAUGUUAUUGAGAAUGGGUUCGAAAAAGACAAAAAGGGAGGGAUCCUAUCAAAGAGAUCUUCCAAACGAAAGCAUGAGACAGAAAGUAAAGUUGGAGGCAAGAAUUUGGCAAAAAAACAGGAUUCUGAACCGAGUUCUGCUUCUCCUAUUAAAAAAAAGAAAAAGAAAAGGGACCAUGUUGAUAGUUAAUAUGUAUGUUUUUUUGUCCCCCGCCUUUCGAAGAAAGCAGGGGACUAUUAAAAUGGGUUCGUCCGUCUGUCUGUCUGUCCGUCUGUCUGUCCGUCUGUCUGUCCGUCCGUCUGUCUGUCUGUCACACUUUUUGGGACACAAUAACUCUCUUCCUAAUUGAGCUAGAAUGUUCAAACUUGGUGUAUGUGUUUAUUAGGUCAAUGCCUUGAUGGAGUUCGAAGAUGAGCAUUUUCCGCUUAGGGUAAGCAGAGAUAAGCAAUUUGAUUGGUUGAUGCUUUGGGACACGAUAACUCUCUUCCUAAUUGGGCUAGAAUGUUCAAACUUGGUGUAUGUGUUGAUUAGGUCAAUGCCUUGAUGGAGUUCGACGAUGAGCAUUUUCCGCUUAGGGUAAGCAGAGAUAAGCAAUUUGAUUGGUUGAUGCUUUGGGACACGAUAACUUUUAAUUGAGCUAGAAUGUUCAAACUUGGUGUAUGUGUUUAUUAGGUCAAUGCCUUGAUGGAGUUCGAAGAUGAGCAUUUUCCGCUUAGGGUAAGCAGAGAUAAGCAAUUUGAUUGGUUGAUACUUUGGGGCACGAUAACUCUCUUCCUAAUUGAGCUAGUAUGUUCAAACUUGGUGUAUGUGUUGAUUAGGUCAAUGCCUUGAUGGAGUUCGAAGAUGAGCAUUUUCCGCUUAGGGUAAGCAGAGAUAAGCAAUUUGAUUGGUUGAUGCUUUGGGACACGAUAACUUUAGUUCUAAUUAAGUGAGAUUGAUGAAACUUGGUGUAUAGUUUCAUUACAGUAAUACCUUGACUAAGUUUGAUAAUGAGCAUUUUCUGCUCAGGGUAAGCAGAGCGAUACGCAAUUUGAUUUUUAUAUGUGUCCUCUAAUUAUUUUCCUAUUUCGGCGGGGGACAUCAGCCUCACUGUUGGCUUGUUAAUUCAAGGUACCAGCUAGUGUUGCAUAAAAUAUUGCUAAAUUUGCAAUAUUCCCUUGAUACUGUCAUGUAAAUGUGAGGUUUUUUUGUGAUACAGACUUGACAAAUUUGAAUUUAAAAAAAUGGCAUCCUGUUGUCCUUUAACACUUGGCAAAUUCCAGUACCGGUACAGUACAUCUAGCCUCGGCUGUAUGACGAAGUCCCCCAUAGGAAAUACUUUCAAGUUCCCGAAUUACCAAUGGUGUUACUUGCCCAUGACGACACCUUUGAAGAAUGUUUUAUCAUAUAAAUAUUUCAAACUCUGAAGCUGUUUAUCUUUCAAGUUUAUCCGAUUUUCUUCAAACAUGCAAGGACAACUUUGCAUUGAAAUUUCUAAACACGCUUCGAACGAUUCAAUUUUGAUAACUUAAACUUCUUUUUAAAAGUUUUCCUAUUACGUAAAUUGGUGCCGUAUCGCAAUUGUAUAGGCGUAGGCACAUAUCACUUACCGUCAUACAACAGAGGCUAGAUGUAGAGUAACGGAAUCUGCCAAGAUUUGCCAAGUGGUCCUUUAACUGGGAUUACUGUUAAAAUGGGUCUGUCCAUCCGGCUGUCUGUCUGUCCGUCACUUUUUGGAACACAAUAACUCUCCUUCAAAUUGAGCUAGAAUGUUAAAAGUUCAGACUUUGUGUAGGUGUUUAUUAGUUGAAUGCGUUGAUGGAGUUCGAAGAUGAGCAUUUUCUUCUUAGGGUAAGCAGAGAUAAGCAAUUUGAUUGAUUGAUGAUUUGGGACAAAAUGACUUUGGUUCUAAUUUAUUUAAGUGAGAGUGAUGAAACUUGUGUAUAGUUUCAUUACAUCAAUACCUUGAGUAAGUUCGAUAAUGAACAUUUUCUGCUCUAAGUAAGCAGAGAGAUAAGCAAUUUGAUUGGUCAAGACUUUGGAACGCAAUAACUCUCCUUCUAAUUGAGGUGCAAUGUUCAAACUUGGUGUCUCCAUCCUUGAUGGAGUUCGAAGAUGAGUAUUUUAUGUUUAGGGUAAGCAGAGAUGAGCAAUUUGAUUGGUUGAUGCUUUGAGACAUGAUAACUUUCGGCUCAGGGUAAGCAGAGUGAUAAGCAAUUUGAUUGGUCGAGACAUUGGAGCUUGACAACUUUGAUUCUAUUAAAUUGAGUGAUAGUGGUGGAACUUUGUGUGUAGUUUCAUUACAACAAUACCUUGCUUAAUAAAGUUCGACGCUGAGCAUUUGCUGCUUGGACAAAGUAGAGACUUCAAGCUGAUUGGUAGAGACUUUGGAACACAAUAACUCUCCUAAUUGAGGUAGAAUGUUCAAACUUGGUGUAGGUCAGUUUCUAUUAGGUGAAUGCCUUGACAGAGUUCGAUCAUGAGCAUUUUCCACUUAAGCUAAGCAGAGAUAAGCAAUUUCAUUGGUUGAGACCAUGGUACACGAUAACUUUGGUUCUAAUUGGGUGAGAGCGAUGAAACUCGAGAGUAUAGUUUCAUUAUAUUGAUACCUUGACUAAGUUCGAUGAUGUGAAUAUUCUGCUUAGGCUAAGUAAGGAACAUAACAACUCUGCUUUUAAUUGAGGUAGAAUGUUUAAACUUGAUGUAGAUGUUCAUUAGGUGAAUGUCUUGACUGAGUUCAAUGAUUAACAUUUCCCAGUAAAGCUAAGCAGAGCUUAGCAAUUUCAUUGGUCGAUGCUUUGGGACAAGAUAACAUUGAAUUUAACUGAUGGAGAGUGAUGCGGCUUAGUGUAUAGUUUCAUUACCAGGUACUUAAAACCCUUGACUGAAUUUGAUUGUGAACAUUUUAUACUUAGACUAAGUAUCAGUUUGAUUGCUCAAUACUUUUGAAAAAGAUAAAUGUGCAAUUAAUUAAUGUGUCAUCUAUUUAUGUUUGGGAUUUUGAUGGGAACAUCAUCCUCACUGUUGGCUUGUUGUAAUUAUAAUGAAGACAAAAGUUGUAAUUCAGUACUUCAAUAAAAGACAGAUCAAAAUAGUUUUUACCACAUUAAAAGACCGUCUAGUGUGGUGGUUACAAUCAGUGCACACAUCUUGUCAAACCUUCAUAGGCUAAUAUUUUCGCUCAGAAUAAAGUAAUUUAAAUGAAA